CCGGUACUGAAUGCUCAACUGACUUCUAGUUCAUUGUCCUUCCGUCGCACGCUCAACCUAAUUUUAUCGUCUAUUAUCGCCGCGCACUCGGUAUUAUAUAAUUUUCUCGCUCGGAACUGUCUUGCCUACAUUUUCUCACAGCGCAAUCCGCUCUUAUAUAGCGCAGUUUCGUCCCAAGUCAACCUCCCGUUGUGGCCACAUAAAGACUCUUCAAUCGCCCAGCAACUGUCAGCUUACGGCUAUAUACUACUCUGCGCGCACCUUUGAUAAACAACGAACCUUGUUGGGCUCCUUUGUUUCGCAUCUAGGGGCCGGCGCUACUUUUCCAAGGCUCUCACAACCCGGUUCUCCGCACGCUUUGAGCCAACUCCACUGUACUCUUGCUUCACUAUGGCGGAUGCUCUCGAUGCGGAGUUGCUGGCCUUGGCGGGUGAUUCCUCCGACGAGGAGUCAUCCCCGCCGACCAGAGAAAAGGCCGCCUCUCCUGUUCGUUCCUCUUCACCACCACAAUCCCCGGCAGCAUCAUUCACGAUGGAUCGCAGAGGUACCGCCAAACCUGUGCGUCGAGGCCAGAAGUCUCGUCAUCACGAUGCAGAGGAUGGUGAGCUCUCUGCGGCCGAAUCACUCGACUCCGCAAGUAUGUCGGAAUCGGAUUCGGCGUCCGAUUCGGAAGGCUCUGCCGAUAUAGGAGAAGACGACGGUCCGAUGUUCCCCUAUGAGAAGCUUUAUUACUCGGCGAAGGACAAGGAGGAGAUCAUGGCGAUGCCUGAAAUUCAGCGUGAACAAAUUUUGUCAGAAAGAGCGCAGGAGGUUGAUCGUCACAACCAGGACCUUGCCCUUCGCCGUCUUCUGGCGUCUCGAGAGAGGGAGGAAGCUCGCAAGGCCAAGAAGAACAAGCGCAAGGCUAGCGUAGCAAAUCUGGAUGAGGGCCACCGCAAGAGUUCACGACAGAAGACUACACUAGGUGGCCGCAAGGUUGGAGAGACUUCAGAGGCGAUCGAAGCCUAUAAGCGGCAGCGCGAGCAGAAGGGCAAACGCGACGAACUUCGCCGUCGGGAUCCUGCAGCCAAGGAUCAAAAGGCCCGCACACGAGACGACAGACUCUCAGAUGAAGAUGCAGAAGGCGAGAGUGAGGUUGAAUGGGACGACCGGGAACGCUCCCCCUCUCCCCCUAAGGACGAUCCGCCGGCCGAACUCCGUGAUAUUCAGCGUACGCGCGUCGGUCGGAGUAAUUUCGCGCAGGUCUGCUUCUAUCCUGGUUUCGAGGAGGCUAUUUCUGGGUGUUAUGCUCGUGUCAAUGUCGGCCCCAAUCGCGAUACUGGUCUUAACCAAUACCGCCUAUGCUUGAUCAAGAAAAUCGUUGAGGAAGGGCCCAUGUAUGCAAUGGAGGGACCAAACGGCCGGUCGUUCGCCACAAAUCAGUAUGCUGUGCUAGCGCACGGGAAGGCUGAGAAAAGCUUUCCCUUCAUCGCUUGCUCAGACUCCCCGUUCACAGAGGCUGAGUUCAAUCGCUACCGUCAAACUAUGGCGAUCGAAGACUGCAAGAUGGCCACGAAAUCGCAGGUUGCCAGCAAAGUCGCUGAUAUCAAUCGCUUACUAAACCACAAGUUCACGAAUGAGGAGCUGAACGAAAAGCUGCGCAAACAGGGAUCUUUGGAUACCAAGUCGCAAUUCUUCAAACGUGUCGAUGUGGAGAAACAACUCAAGCUCGCCAAAGCAGCCGGUGAUGAAGCCGAGGUUGAGAGGUUGCAGAACGAACUGAAUAGCAUGGCUGCCCCCAAGGUCGCCCAUGGCACCAGCCUCUCUAAGCCCCGAUCAGACAAGCCCUCAGAGCAUGAGCGUCUCGCGGAAUUGAACCUGCGCAACCAGAAGCUCAACUACGAGAACGUCCGCCGUGCCCAGCUUGAAGAGCGGAAAGCAAGCCGCAAGGCCGCCGUAGCGGUGGCCCGCGGCGAAGCCACCAUCAACCCAUUCAUGCGCGUUCGCACCCAUGCUAAAACGCAUUACGACGUCAAUGGAAACAACGUCUCAUCGCCCAAGCCUGGAGAAAGCGCCAGCCAGGAUAAUUCCGCUUCGGGCACGCCGUCCAAGGCCAGCACGCCCACUCCGAGCACCACCUUUGGCGGUAACCAGAAGAAACCUGUCAAGAGCGGUGCCAUUCGUCAUCGUAACAUGGAUGACGAGAACAUCGCAGCUUUGGAUAUAGAAUUGGAUAUCGAGAUCUAGUCACUUUCUGUUUCAGCGUUACCACGGCCAACAUCAAAUAACUCUUACCAUCUGAAGCUUGCUCGAUCACAGCUUCCACCAAAUCAAUGAUUGCUACAGUAUACCGGAAGGAGAAAUGCGGGACAUGAUCUGGGAUUUGAGUGCAUUCGAAAGCAUUUGCUACAGCGUCGGAUCUCAUUUGAUUUGUAAAUUUAUUCUCUUUGCUUUUUUCUCUCGCUCCUUUUCGUCUUAACAAGGGGAUUGAUUGGUGUUCAUUGGCGUCAUGGCGAGAGAGACCAAGGGCGCCGCUCUGUAUUAUUAAAACCUCAUGCAACUAAAGAACCAC